UGUACGACAUCGUCAGGAUAAAAUUCCUUUUCCAGUGUGCGGACAUUAAUUAAUAUUACAUAUGUAUGCGAUAUUUAGGGAACAAGAGAGUCGGCAGAGGAUGACAUUGUCAGGAUAAAAUUCCUUUUCCAGUGUGCUUGCAUCAUAUAACUUUGGUACAUUUUUGUAUCAAUAUUUAGGCAACAAGGGAGCCUUCUGGUUGACACAUCGGCCUCUAUCACGGUGACAAAUCUGUCUAUGACUCUAAGCCUCUAGGAAAAAUGUUAAUAUGACAUUUGAAAUUUGAUUUCAAAUUUAUAUGUGUUAUUCUGGGUUCUGACAGAAAAUAAACAUGAGAAGAUCAAAUACAUAUGUGGUUAAUGAUUCUGAUGGACCCGAGGGGCAGCAAGCAGACUCAAAACUACGGUUCUUCAGUCGUAGUAAUUCUGAACCAGCACAUUGCCACAGGAUUAAUUUGACGGGAGAAACAGAGAUUCGUAUGGACAAUGUCAUGACAUCACACUAUCUUCAGACAAAAGGUGCACAAGUAGCCACAAGCUUGCUGCAGCAGAGAGCAAAUGAUGUCCGCUCCAAUCGUGUCAACUGGCAAUCCUACCUCCAGGGACAGAUGAUCUCCUCAGAAGAUUUUUCCUUCAUCUCUAAAUUUGACACGGCCAGCAGUGAAGUACGAAAAGCCAUCCUCAUUGAAAAUCCAUCACAGUUUGCCAAGACAUUUUUUAACCUCAUGAGUCAGAUUGCCAAGGACCAGACACUACAGUACAUCUUGACAAUGCUGGACGAUGUUCUACAGGAAGACAAGUCCCGUGUGGACAUAUUUAAAGGGUAUGCUAAACGUAGUAAGGAAUCGGUGUGGUCUCCCUUCCUCCACCUACUAAACAGGGAUGACCGCUUCAUUGUGUAUCAAACAAGUCGGAUCAUUGCUAAGAUAGCCUGUUGGAGUAAGGAGUCAAUGGGAGCAGAGGAUCUCAAGUUUUACCUGAACUGGCUAAAGGAUCAACUCCGACAGCCAGGUAACGAGUAUAUGCAGACAGCAGCCAGGUGUCUACAGAUGAUGUUACGCAUUGACAUGUACAGACAAGUGUUUGUGGAGGUAGAUGGUAUAUCAACAAUUGUUAUGGUCCUUGCUGGAAAGGUGGGGUUCCAAAUCCAAUACCAGUUGACCUUCUGCCUUUGGUGUUUGACCUUCAACCCUGAUUUAGCUGAAAAAAUGAACAGGUACAACAUCAUUCCAACCUUAGCUGACAUUCUUAGUGAAAAUGUGAAGGAAAAAGUCUCCAGAAUCAUCUUAGCAGUUUUCAGGAACCUGUUGGAGAAGCCAGCAGAAACUGAGACAAUUCAGGACCAUGCUCUAGCUAUGGUUCAGUGUAAGGUCCUCAAACAGCUCGAGCUUCUGGAUUCUCGCAAGUUUGAUGAUCCGGAUAUCGUGGAUGACAUCUUGUUCCUGAAUGAAAACCUCCAGAAAUCAGUCCAAGAUCUGAGCUCGUUUGAUGAGUACUGCUCAGAGGUGAAGUCAGGACGACUGGAGUGGAGUCCAGUACACAAAUCUGAACGCUUCUGGAGAGAAAACGCCCCUCGGCUUAACGAGAAAAACUAUGAACUGCUUAAAAUAUUAGUUAGGCUAUUGAGUGACAGCAAAGACCCACUUAUCUUGUCUGUGUCUGCCCAUGAUUUAGGGGAGUAUGUGCGAUACUACCCCAGGGGAAAGAAUGUUAUAGAACAACUUGGUGGUAAGCAGCUGGUUAUGCAGUACCUCUCCCAUGAUGACCCUAAUGUGAGGUUUGAAGCUCUGAUUGCAGUGCAGAAGCUCAUGGUACAUAACUGGGAAUACCUUGGCCGACAGUUACAAGACACCACUCCUAAAGAUGCACCAGGUCUUGUUCCCGCGAAGGCUUAGUCUCAGCUCAUUACAGUGAGGUCGACUGGAAUCUGGUACGCAGUCAUCAUCAAAGUCAUUGAUGUUUACAUUGAAUGCAGUCAUCUGAUGUUAUGUUGUCAUCAUCAGUGUCAAUGCUGUUUUCAUUCCGUAAUGGUGCACAUUUGUUAAACUCUCUGGAUCGUUCGGCCAUUAGUCACUCCUGUCAUUGUAAGCAGUCCAGAGAGAGAGGACUAUAUUAAUAUAUAAUGUUAUAUGUAUUGAUUGUAAGGAUGAUCAAAGUAGGUUUACUGUUUAAACACUCAAGGUAUUAGUAUAGUUUUAUUUUAUAGGGAAACUGAUAGAUAGGCAACCAUCUAUUAUAAUUAUCUAUAUAUACAAUAAAAAUGUUAUAAUGGAGGAUUUCUGGUGAAAAUUCUUUUUCAUAAAUUGAAAUCACGAGACUACAAUUGUUUUAGGGGUUGUUGAUUUAUAAUUGCGAAGGGAAACCUAUUAAUGUGACGCCAAACACAAUUGAUUUUUCCUUAGUCUCAGUACACAGAUAUUAAGAAUGACGAGACCCCACAGACUAUAUACCAUUGAUUGUACCCCUCAGUAAUAGCCUUUAGGUUUAACAAUGGAAUACAUACACAAAAAAU